CUCCACACUCUGACUGACUGACUGACUGAUACGGUAACCUGUGAGCGCGUGAUGCUGCUGCGUCUACCGCUCACAUUUUAAGAAGAAAACAAACCCGGACGGAUGGAUCUUUCACGAAAUAUAUUUUAAUACAGUUAACCGAGACGUUUCGUAUCGCGACUGAUCUGAAUGUUUCAGUCGGACGAGCUGAAGCGAACGCGGAUUCCACGCGCAGAGAAUCAAAGUCUCACGAACGCGCCGUAUAGCUGCGAAAACAUGGAUGUUCUGGCCAACUACAGUAUUUUUCAAGAACUUCAACUCGUUCACGACACCGGUUACUUCUCAGCCAUGCCGUCGCUGGAGGAAAACUGGCAGCAGACGUGUUUGGAGUUGGAGCGCUACCUUCAGACGGAACCAAAAAGGUUCUCCGAUCUCUUCGACGAGGAACUAGACGACCUCCUCACCCCGUCGUUUAUGAAGGAAGACAGCGAGGAAGAUCUUUUAGACCCUGUCCUACCCAGCCUGAACGACCCUCCUAGCCCACCUCCUCCUCAUCUUACUCCACGUAAAGAACCCAUCUCUGCCUCCUCCACUAAAGUGACAUCUCCAGAUAUCACCUUAGGGGUCAACGCUGCCCAGCUGAACGCCGUCACGUCUCUCACACCACCCUCAUCCCCGGAACUGGGUCGUCACCUGGUCAAACCCACCCAUACCCUCAGUGCCUCACCUGACGGGACCCUCACGCUCAAGCUGGUUGCCCGAAAGGUGGGCUUGAGCACCGCCAAGCUGGUGGCAGCCCAUCCUGUACCCCUCUCUCCGCAGAACGGAAACAGCGGGGCGCAGAGCGACGGGGAACAGGGCGGGACCUGCUCCAUAGGAGCUGGUGAGAUGGCAGAAAACAAGAAGAGAGUCCAUCGCUGCCAGUUCAACGGCUGUCGGAAGGUCUAUACUAAAAGCUCACACUUGAAGGCACACCAGAGGACACACACAGGAGAGAAGCCGUACAAGUGCUCAUGGGAAGGCUGCGAGUGGCGUUUCGCGAGGAGCGACGAACUGACGAGGCAUUAUCGCAAACACACCGGCGCCAAGCCUUUCAAGUGCAAUCACUGCGACAGGUGUUUCUCUCGAUCCGACCACUUGGCAUUGCACAUGAAGAGGCACAUCUGAGGAGGAAGAGCCCAAAGGGUGAGGUGGAGGAAGAGACAGAGAGGAGGUAGAGGGAAAGAAAGAGAGAGAAUGAUUAUAAGAAGGUACUGGAUAAACCACAGGCCGUUCGCCCAGCCCAACAGCGCAGGGCCCUCGAGAGACCGAUAGAGGGCCACAACCAACUGACCGCCACGGGCUGCGCUUAAAAAUGUCUCGAGGUUUGGUUAGCAAGAUCUGAAUCACGUCUGCUAACCAUGUGGACGUUUAUCUGAUCAACUGUGCGGACUACACUUUAUUAGGUAUUUGCAUACUAUUUGAAACAUCAUUGACUGCUUCAGUUUCUACUUCUACCAUUUUCCUACAUCUCCAAGAUGAUUCAUUUUUGUCUAUCUAGUUAGAAUGCAUCUUAUGCAUACUAUGACAGAUUUUAUAUUAUGGAAACCCAAUUAAGAUGCAGCUCCUUGGAAACUUUGGAGAGCAUCAAAUCCGAAGAGACACGAUUUAUUUGUUUUUCCAUUUUGAGCGUGGAUUAUCUUUCCACCUUGAUCAAGUGGAAUGGAGAAAGCUGGCGACAAAGUGGAAUUGUCUAUUUUUCUGCUCAAAUGUGAAUCUGAUUGGACGCAGCGGGUCUUACGUUCUUCGUGCGUGGACAAAUCUCUCUCUUUCAAGUCCCCCCUGCCAACCAAUAGCUGCGCAGCGACACUUUGUGACUUUUUAUAAAGAAGAAAAUAAGGCAGAGAACUUUUUGAACGGUGACUGGGUUAUAUAUAAUUCAUAAGACAUGUUUUGCGUUUCUCCUGUGGAUGUGUACAAAAGAGAAAAAAAGGAAAAGAAAUGGACCAAAAAGACCGCCACAUGCACAAGGGAAGAACAGCGGAUUCUACACUGGCAUAGACGGCAAUUGUGGGACUUCAUUUCAAAACGCAAACUUUUAGUCUUGAUUAAAAGAAAAGCAAGGUUGUUGUUGUUGUUGUUGCACACGUUUUGAGCAUUCCUCAACAUUAUUUAAAACUUUCUCUCAUAACCUCGAUUACUUUGGGAAUUUAGGACUAGCAUGAAAGGAGAAAGCGUUGUGGUUUGUGUGUUCCGGUACAAUCGAGACGGCAGAGGUUUGCACACACAAAAUUUUAUAAACGUAUCAAAAUAUGUCAAUUUUACAUCUGUCGGUUUAGUACAGAUGUAUAAAACCGUUCAAUGAAAGGUGUCCGUUGUGUGUUUUAAGAGUGAAUAUAGUUUACUGGUUCAACAGGUGAUAUUUUACACUUAUAACGCAUCUGCAUUUUUAGACUUCGUGGCGGAGUUUAGAUGUUACCGAUUAUUACUUUUUAAGUUACCGUCUGCCUUGUUUUGCAGGUUAAAAUGGCUGUACACUUUGAAAAUUGUACAGUAAAAGCAAGGCUUAAAUUACGUACAAUCAUCCAUGGGAUCAAGCACUUUUAAAGAAAAGUGUUAUUGUAAGGUUGUUUGAUUCUGGAUGGCCCUGCAGCUAUGCAAUCAUCGAGUCAGCUGUACGGCUCAAUCUGCCCACGACAGAUCCAGUAAAUAUUUGUUUUUAAAGGAACAGUUCACCAAAAAAUGCAUUAUUUACUCUCUUUAUUAUUUCUUAUUUACAAAAGAAAUCGACACAAUUUGCGAGCUAUUUCCAAGUCUUUUAAAGUCAUGCAAUAGCUUUGUGUGAGAAAGAUAAAAAUUUAAUUUACAUGAUGUGGCAUACAAAUAUGGCACUUCAAGGCACUAAAGAUGCUUAAGAACGAAUCCAAACUCUUGUGUUACCUCUGUUUAUGGUGCUGUCUCAGGAUGCAAUCCUUUCAGUUCCCCUCAAAAUCAAUCAUAUUAAAGGGACACUCCACUUUUUUUAAAAAAAAUUGCUAAUUUUCCAGCUCCCCUAGAGUUAAACUUUGAUUUUUACUGUUUUGGAAUCCAUUCAGCCGAUCUCCAGAGUUGGCGCAUCCACUUUUAGCAUAGCUUAGCAUAAUCCAUUGAAUCUGAUUAGACCAUUAGCAUCACGCCUAAAAAAUUACAGAAGAGUUUCAAUAUUUUUCCUAUUUAAAGGGACAAUAAGUAGGAUUUACCCCCAUCUAGUGGUGAAAUUGUAUUUUGCAUUCAAAGGAACAGUGCUCUCUAGCGCCACGCUUUUCCAAAUGCGUGUUGCAACUACGGUAGCCGUUAUGCAAUCACUGAUCUCCUUGUCCGUUUCAGCUAGUUCACGUGUUUUGAACGAAAAUGCGUUGUGGAAAAGCAUUGAUAGGCUAAUGCUUUUUGUCCCUUUCUGCUAUUAUAUUUUAUCAGUAUCGCAGAACGACAUGGAAGCCUCCUUGGACUUACCAGUUCAAUGUAAGUAAAGAGAAGAAAUUCUAAGCUUACAAAGAAAAGUCAGAUCACUGGCAGAGGUCAUUUGACACCAACAAGGACAUAUUUAUGAAUAAAGACAUUGAUAAAGACAUUACUGUCCCUUUAAAACUUGACUCUUCUGUAGUUACAUUGUGUUCGUAGACCGAUGGAAAAUUAAAAGUUCCGAUUUUCAAUUUGUUAGUGAAAGUUAGGGCGAUUUAUAGUCGUGCGUAGGUCCUACGCCGUAGGCUAUCCGUAGCCUGUGCGUAGCUCUGCGUAGCCUGACGCGCACCUCACAACAUUUUUAACAGCGCGUCAGAUCUACGCGGACUGCAAGCGCUGUGAUUGGUCCACCAGAACCCCUCCCGUCUAAUAAAAAAACUGCGUCAUAGGUAUUUCCGUUUGUGACGGUGAAAACAAAGAUGAGCCAAGUUGAGGAGUGAUUUAACUCAAACUGCAUCAAAAGUCGCUGUUUAUUUACUUCCAUCAUUGCUGGUCUUCUCAAAUUAUACACAACAAGUUGCUGUUUCUUCUUCGUUUGUGGGUUAACUUGCUUAGCUUCUUCUUCUGUGACUUCUUCUGGUGCUACUGUGGUUACACGCGUGGUUACUGCCUACCAGCGGUAUGCGGGUGUGUUUGCACGUCGAUGCGGACGACGACGCAGAAGUAUAAAUGAAAACCGACGCGGAACCUACGCCGUCGCGGCUACACCGUAGGACCUACGCACGACUAUAAAUCGCCCUUUAUUCUUAAAGAAGUAUAAAAAAAAAGUGUGUCCUUUUAAAAUUAACAUUGUCAACAUUUUUCAAAAAUUAAAGCGAGUAUGUGACUGAACAUAAUUUUGGGUGAACUGGCCCUUUAAGGACUCCAAGAUCCUUUUACAGAAUUUGUUGUGGCGUAAGCCAAUCAGAAUGUCAGUGAGGGGUCGGACUAAGAGACCCAUAUUUGAAGAAUAAGUUGUUAAUGAGCACAACCAACCUAGGUUUUAACUUUUUAACCAUUGCAUACAACCCAUACUGUAUAUAAACAAUUCGGCUUAGGGUUAUUUUGAUGCUUGGGAUGUUCAAACACAGUACAUCGAGGGGUUUUUAGACCUGCAUAAACAUAUUUCAACAAAUCAAUUCAAAAUCAAAUUAUAUCCUAAAACUUUACAUAAAAUAACACCAUUUGGCUCAUUUUGACCAGUCAUCUGUCUACAUCGUGCUUCUCGCUCGCUCACUAACGUGGACCAACGGGAGAAACAUUUGACAGAAAGGCAGUAUGGGUAAUGAGAAAUGAAUUGGGCUCUCCCGGCAGCGGCCAGCCCUGGUCGCCCCCUCAAUGGGGUGGAACGGAGUGGCACCACACUGGGGUCGCACACAGCGCUUAUGCUGACCACGACAUCUUAUCACAACUGCCCGACACAGUCAAUUUCACCCGUGUAGCCGGGUGUCGGCUAACCUCCCUCCCCGGAGCUCGGCGAGGAAUAACAAAGACACGAGAUGGGAGGAAUCCGGGGCAGGCGAGCAUAUGCACAUAGCCUGCUUCCUGGAAGAAUUCGAUAUGAAAAGCGUCACCCCAUGGACUAAAUCACAAUCUUUUCAGAUUGUUGCGAAACGUAAUCAUGGGCUAUGCAGACGAAAUAUGAUUUUUGGUGAUACCUCAUACUAGAGACGAUGCAAGAAUUUUGUACGCUUAACUGUGACGCAUAAUUCAAAUCCAAUUUGAAACACCGAAGAGUUGCAUAAAGCAUUUAUGAAGAACACGUCCAGGUCACGUUUCAAUAACAUAAAAUUCGAUUUAAUUAUUAUUUGGGGGACCACUACGAUUUUGUGCUUUUUUUUUUUGAUGAUGAUAAUGUACCGUAAAACACAUUAUUACGGUAAUAAAGUAAAUAAUACAGCAUGUAAUUGUAAUGACCAUCAAGAAAAAUAUGAAUUCCAAAAACAUAGUCAUCUAAAGGUAUAAUUUGGGAUACGUUUUGAACUUCAAACUAUGUAUCAGAAGUAUUUAGGGUUGAACUGUCAUCUGGACAUGAGUGUAAAACCGUAUUCAUAUAAAAAAAAUGAAAGCUCAUCAUAUAUAUGCAUAUGCUAUCGUAUACGUAUAUAUGCUAUUGCACCCGAUCAAUCACAACCCAUUACAUCGCUAUUACUUUUCCUUCUGGAUUUUGGAGCGUUUGUUCACUUCAAGUGGAUCGUUUUCCUAAAUUCCCUCUUUAAAAUCCUCCGGCAGGACCAAUUAGGGACGUUACCUGGCAAAAAGCAGCUAUGAUUUCAUCUUAAUGGUCCUGGAAAAACCCCACAGAGAGCUUGUUGUCUGCUCUUUUGGCCUUGUUUUAUGUGCACCGUCUUUAGUUUCUCUCGAGUGCGUGUAAACCUUCUGCCUUUCGCCCACUUCAACAGCAGCGACAACUUGCUGACCUCUUCGUGUGGGAUAAUGCAAUUAUUUGUAAUUACCGACACACUCUUGCAGGAACAUUUUUACACUGUUAAAUUACGGAUUUACACCUUGAAGACCUGGCACAAGCCGAGACGCUGACGACAACGCAGGGAACAUUAAAUGAACGAGUUUGCUGCGGUUCCAUGCGACGCGUACGGUUUCAUAUCUCGUGACGGUACAAUUAUUUGGUUUUACAGAUUAGUAGCUUUACUGUUGUGUUUUACCCUUCCACUGCUCAAAACGCUGUGCUAAAAGCUUUCAAAUAGAUGGUAUGAUGACAAUAAACAGAGUGGUUUCCGAUGUUAGUCGCACUUGUAGUGUAGUUGCCCACAUUUCCUGCUGUAAAUUAACUCAAGAUACGAUCCGUAGGCUUCUUGCAGACAUUUCACGCUUCCCACUUUGCUCCGAUAUUUAUGCCGUUCUUUUUGUUUUAUUUGUUUAUUUGCUGUAAAAAGUGUUUGCAUAUAUUAUUUGUAUUAUACGAUGUUAGUACGACAAUGUUCUUUAUUAAGGAAAAAGGAAAAAGAGUUUAUUUUUGUUACUGGUUUGUUUCAUAAUUCUUUUUUAAAUUGGUAUUGUAAUAUAUCUAUGCAAGAACUGUUAAGUGAAGCAUUUUUAUUUAAGAAUGUCAUUAUGUGUAAUAAAUGGUAGAAUCUUA